ACCUAAGAUCUGUAAAUACCUGCUCGGUAGUAUUUUACCUACUCAAUAUGUUUUUAUUGUAUGGUAAUAGUUAUUUACGUUCAGAAACAUGUAGUCACAGUGUUUUGAACUUUUUGUAAAUAUGCUGUCAUUGUGCAAUUACUUCAUUAAUUAUUUCCGUUUAAGGUAAUUUUAAAACCGCCAUUAACGUGUCACAAAAAAAUCUAUUUGGAAAAAGGCUUUUGGAUAUCAGUUGCAUAUAGAGCCGAUAUAACCUGGUUCCCGGCACGCAAAUUCACCACAUAUUCAGGGAAUCCUUCAGUUACUGUGCAAAUAAUAGAAGCUAAUAUUAAAAUGGUAUAUUUCUAGUCCAUUUGACAGCUGAAGGUCGCGUAUGAUGCACAGAAGCUAGCUGGUUACCAAACACAUAAUAUAUGUGAGCUAUAAAUCUCCGAGAAAUGCGGUCAGCACCGGCCCAGCUGUCCCCACAAGCUGUGACGUAAACAUCGAAAAAGUAUUACUUAUAAGUAGAUUUUGCUUUAGAACAACCUAUAGAAAGAAACAUAAGCAAGUCAUCAUAUACAGAAAUUAAAUAAAAUUCUCAUUUUAUCUGAGGAUAAAAAAUAGUCUGCGUGUUAAGCCAGAGUGACAAAAACGCCUAUACCUACCAACUCUAUUUAUUACUCUAUUAUAUUAUUAAAUUUUAGUUUGUACUUAUUAUUAAAAUUUGCAUGCCUUUAUGGCAAAAUAUGGCUGAACCAUUAAAAUGUAUCUGUACUGUACCCAGAUUUGCGAAUAAAUUUAUUUUUAUCUUUAUCUAUCACCAUCAGAUCGGUCGUUCUGUUGAGGUAGCAACAAAUAUACAUAUGCAACAAUUACUAACAAAAACUUUCGCUUUCGUGAUAUUAGUGUGAAGAUACAACCAAGUCAUCAAAUCAAAACAAUGUCUAUGUGCUUAAACUUACAAAACAAAGGCUGAUCCAAUUUUGAUCUCUCGGAUAUUUGGAAAGAAUACAGACAAUAGCACAAUUGCACGCUCAAGACGGAAGAAGGCAAACUACUGCAUAUAUUUUCACACACAAAUUAAACUGAAUAAUUUAAAUAUAACGAGAGAACGCUAAUUGUUGAAGAUUUCAACUCUGUCACAAUAACUUAAUAACAUGAUGAGGUCUUAAAUGGUAUAUUCUACGUACGGCUUCUGCACUCUCCAUGCACAGACGCUGCAGAAUAUAGUACAGCAAUAGUUCUCCACUGUCUCCUAAGUACUAAAAAGUUAAAUCUAUCUGUGUCUAUCGAAGUAUUGUUAAACAAACAUAAUAAGAGUCAGAAGACCUUCAAUAUCGACAACCUCCAAGUGCCCGACAGUGUCAAUAAAUUUCUCAACAGAUUCGUGUUCUAGUGUACCUACUCGGUACCAAUGUCGCGAACUCUCAAGUACGCCAGUUGCAUCAGCGCUCACAAGUGCCCUGCCGGUCCUACGAGGUGCCGGCUGUGGUGAGGCGACCUUCGUUGUGAAAGGAUGGUCCCGUCGCGGCCUGGCCGCAGACCGAGUCACAGCACGCGGCCGCGGCCAAAGUCGCGGGACUCGCGCGCUUGUGAUAACGUGCAGGCUGCGCGUGCGCACACGAUAAACUAACACUUACACCAUUACGAAAUGUGCCGAUGUGUGAAAAUAUGUUUUGUACUAUUUACGUGUGUUUUUAGAACGGCGUUGACGUUUUGUUAAAUAAGGCGCGUUGUGUUGUGUACGUGCGGUUCGUGUACCGCUUAAUUGUUACGAUUUAGUUGACCACAACCGGGCCGCAACCCAGAUACAGCCCUAUUAUAACACGUUACUACAGCUGCUUGUUUGUGGUUACUGGUUUACUGGGUACUUGUUAACUCACGUGUAGCGCACUGCCUUGUGGAUGCGUGUUGCGGAUCUCCAUGAAAUGGAAAGUCAGCGCCCGGGUACUGGACUACUAUUCACGUUAUCGAAUCGUUCUUCCUGGACUAUUAGCCAUUUAAGGACAUGAGAGAUACUACAAAAUACAAUAGGUGUGAACUGUUAUGAUGCAAGUUUUACACAGUGGUAUGAAGUGGUUGGUGCUGGUGUCGCUGCUGGCGGCGCGGCUGGUGCAGCAGCCGACGCCGGAGGUGCGCACGCGCAGCGGCCUCGUGCGCGGCACCGUCAGCCGGAACGGACUCUUCUACCAAUACUUCGGGAUCCCUUACGCCACAGUCGACGAGAGGAACCGAUUCCAGGCGCCGCUGCCGCCGCCGCCCUGGGCCGGGGUAUUCGAGGCGGUCGACGAGAAUACUUGGUGCCCUCAGAACUCUGGCGGCAUCACUAUCGGAGAACCGAACUGCCUGAAGCUGAACAUCUACACUCCCACUCACAUCAGCAAGCCCCUGCCGGUCAUGGUGUACAUCCACGGAGGCUGCUUCUUCAGCGGCACGGGCUCGCCCUUCAUGUACGGCGGUGACUUCCUAGCGGAACAUGACGUCAUAUACGUCGGUAUCAACUACAGACUCGGCGUCGAAGGGUUCCUGUGCUUAGGUAUCAAAGAAGCCCCCGGCAAUGCGGGGCUGAAGGACCAAAUAGCCGCUUUGAAAUGGAUUCAAGAGAACAUUGAAGCUUUUGGAGGAAAUCCUAAUGAUGUGACGUUGUUUGGAGAGAGCGCCGGUGCCGUGUCUACCUCCUUCAUGAUGCUAACGUCUUCAACUAAAGGCUUGUUUCACAAAGCAAUUCUACAAAGUGGAUCUUCAUUGGCUCCCUGGGCACUUCAACAUGACCCAAUAGGGUCAGCCAGCGCUCUCGUUAGAAAAUUUGGAUAUAACACUAAUAAUCCUCAAGAAAUAUACAAGAUUCUAUCAAAAAAAACCGCCAGCGAGUUGCUGGAAGCUGUGACCAGAAACGAAGAUAAGUUCUGUGUGGCUGCACAGCACUUGUUCGUACCGUGUAUUGAAAAACCGCUAGAGGGAGUUGAACCUGUGAUCACGGAGUACCCUGCCGACAUCAUAAAGUCUGGUAACUACACUAAGGUGCCAAUGAUCAUCGGCUACACCGACAAGGAAGGCAUUUACUUCGUGGCCGCAGAUCAUGGCACGAGCGUUAAGAAUAACUCAGCAGUGAUGGACCCAGUGCGGUCCAUGCGAGAAGACCUGGAGUUCCCGACUGAGUUCGAGAAGAAUUAUACCAUAGACACGAUACGACGCCAUUAUUUCUCGUCCUACGAAGAGGAAAUUAUACCAGAUUUAGUGGAAUUAUACUCUGACGUGCAUUUCAAGGUCCCUGUGGUGUUGGAGGCGGAGCUGUACAAGCAGACGACGGACCAGCCGAUAUAUUACUACCUGUUCAGGUACGACGGCUUGCGGAACAUGCCGAAGAUCGUGUCCGGCUUCCACUACCUGAUGAAGGGCGCCUCCCACGCCGAUGAGCUGUUCUACCUGUUCAAGCCGCACGGGUUCCCGCUGCUGCAGUCCGUGGAGAACAACAUGAUCAACCGUAUGGUCACCAUGUGGACCAACUUUGCCAAAUACACAGACCCGACUCCAGUGGUGACCCCCCUGACUCCGGUCCGCUGGCGUCCGUCGCGGCGCCACAACCCCACGGCGCUGGUCAUCGACUCGCGCAUCUCCACCGGCCCGCUGUGGGAGGAGGCCUCCGUGCGCCUGUGGAACGACACCUACAACAAGUACCGGAGGAAACACUACGGGGCGCAGCAGUACACGCCGUACCAGUACAUCAAUGUUAGGAGCUAAACAACAAGUGCCUUAUGUCUAUGAUAAUUUGUACUAUUUGGUGAUUCAAGAGACAUUUGUGGGAUGCUUCCAGGGGGCUGCUGAAAUAUCUUAGAGUUAUAGCAGUUGUAGAAGCACGGGGUAAAGUGGUGUGUCUCCUCCACGUCUGCCAAAAAUUACUUUAGGAGAUGGCAGUACGCACUCAGAACGUGACAAAAUAUUAUAUUGAUCAAUUUAGAAUAUUCUAAAA